GUAUGAGGGUGAGAGAGCGUUGAGAAGAGCAAAGCGCGAACGAGAGAUUUGUACAUUUGUAGCCAUUCCCUUCGAUUGUCGCCUACAGACGUCGAUUGAUAAACGUUUUCAUCUGAAACGAGAAGACAGCGAAGUAUGUCUACCAACACAGAGGGAGAAAAGUAGUCCAUAUUGCGCGCUAUUCGAAGGGUGUCAGUCAAUGUGUAGUGGGCCACUCCAAGGAAGACACACUCCUCCUAUGUGUCCUUGUCCAGUCCUUGUGUGAGCUGAUCUGGGACCAGUGGGAUAAAUGAGUGGCCUGGCUGAGGAUCGCAGCGUUGGCACACACCACAAAGCCUACACAGUAGGAUGUCGUGGGUCCGAGGCUUCUUCGUAGCCAGAGUGGACGAGCGAAAGACAGCGUGGGGGGAGCGCAAUGGCAGAAAGUCCAACAAGCGGAAGAACGGUUGCUCAGGGUCAUCUCUCUGCAAGCCCCGCUGCAUGAGCUGCCUGCGGGACGGUGAGGACCUGGAUCCCACCCCUCCCACCCCCCAGCACUACCACCGUGGAGGAGGGGGGUCCGGCCCCAGCGGAGGGGGUAACUUUGGGAUGCGCUGUGGCUGGCAGGAGGACCACUAUGGGAAACGGACUGGGGCGGCGGGAGACCUGGGGUUGAAGGCCGUGGAUCUGGGGUUCGAUGACGGAGACCUGACAGGGAGGAAAGGUCCAGGGGAAGAGGAUUUGGGGGAAGGAACGGGGGAGGACGGAGGAACAUGCAAAGCCUUCACAGCCGCGGAGUGCUGGAUGCGCGUCGUACGAGUGUUCCAGUCGAAAAAGUUCACGUCGGCGAAACUGGAACGUCUGUACCAGCGCUACUUCUUCAGGCUCAACCAGAGCUCUCUGACUAUGCUGAUGGGUGUCCUUGUCAUAGUCUGUGGCGUCAUGCUAGCKUUCCACUGUGUCCACGCUCCGCCCGACGUAGCCUACGCCUCGGUGCUCUCCGUGGCCAUGGCCCUCUUCCUGUCCAUGAUGGUGGUGUGCAACAGGAACYGCUUCCACCAGGACUACAUGUGGAUCGUCAGCUACRUGGUMAUCGGGGUGCUGCUYGUGGUCCAGGUGUUCGGGGUGUUGAUGGUUGCCCCCCGGAGCGCCUCUGAGGGGAUCUGGUGGUCCGUGUUCUUUYUYUACAUWAUCUAUACYCUGUUGCCAGUGAGGAUGAGAGCUGCAGUGCUGAGUGGAGGGGUACUGUCUACCAUACACCUCAUCACCGCAUGGCAACUCAACCAGGACGAUGUUUUCCUAUGGAAACAGCUGAGUGCCAACGUGUUGAUCUUCCUGUGCACCAACAUGAUAGGUAUCUGUACCCACUACCCUGCUGAGGUAUCGCAGAGACAGGCCUUUCAGGAGACCAGGGGGUACAUCCAGGCCCGGCUCUACCUACAGAGAGAGAAUCAGCAACAGGAGCGCCUGUUGCUGUCGGUGCUGCCGAGGCACGUUGCCAUGGAGAUGAAGGCAGAUAUCAACGCCAAGAAGGAAGAUAUGAUGUUCCACAAGAUCUACAUCCAGAAACAUGACAACGUCAGUAUACUGUUUGCAGACAUCGAAGGAUUCACCAGCCUGGCAUCACAAUGCACCGCACAAGAGUUGGUCAUGACACUGAAUGAACUUUUCGCUCGCUUCGACAAACUAGCUUCGGAGAACCACUGUCUGAGGAUCAAGAUCCUUGGAGACUGCUACUACUGUGUGUCUGGACUGCCUGAACCCAGGGCCGACCAUGCACACUGCUGUGUGGAGAUGGGAGUGGACAUGAUAGAGGCCAUCUCGCUGGUGAGAGAGGUCACAGGGGUCAAUGUGAACAUGCGUGUGGGUAUCCAUAGCGGCCGGGUCCACUGUGGGGUGCUGGGACUGAGGAAGUGGCAGUUUGACGUGUGGUCCAACGAUGUCACUCUAGCCAAUCACAUGGAGGCAGGGGGUGCGGCAGGGCGUAUCCACAUUACCAAGGCCACCCUACAGUACCUGAAUGGGGACUAUGAGGUGGAGCCGGGGUUCGGAGGGGACAGGAAUGCCUAUCUGAAGGAGAACAACAUCGAGACGUUCCUGGUGCUGGGGUGCAGCCAGAAAAGGAAAGAGGAGAAGGCAGCGAUGGCCAAGAGUGCCAUGAUGCAGCGGGUACGUGCCAACUCCACUGAGGGCCUGAUGCCACGCUGGGUACCCGACACAAGGUUCUCCAGGACCAAGGACUCCAAGGUCUUCAGGCAGAUGGGUAUCGAUGAAACAUCCAGACAAGACAACCGCUGUGCCCAAGAGGCCCUGAACCCUGAGGAUGAGGUGGAUGAGUUUCUGGGCCGAGCCAUCGACGCCCGCAGCAUAGACCAACUCCGUAAAGACCACGUCAAGAAGUUCCUCCUCACCUUCCAGACUAAAGACCUGGAGAAGAAGUACUCUAAGAAGGUGGAUGAUCGUUUUGGAGGCUACGUGGCCUGUGGUCUGUUAGUCUUCUGCUUCAUCUGUUUCAUCCAGAUUAUCAUCUUCCCCCACACUCCCCUCAUGCUGGGUCUUUACAUCAGCAUCUUCAUCCUCCUCGUCAACAUCCUCUUCAUCUGUGCCAUCUACUCCUGCAUCAAGCUCUUCCCGGCUGCAUUGCAGACGCUGACGAAGAAGAUCGUCCAGUCUCGUACCAAUAGUACCCUGGUGGGGGUCCUCACCAUCAUACUCCUCUUCAUGUCUGCCUUCGUUAACAUGUUUACCUGUGACAGAGAGGGCCUGGUGGACUGUGUGGUGCGUGAGCGUAACCUGUCCUCCAGUUUGGUGACUCUGUGUCUACUACACAACCUGACACAGUCGGCACAGGACGGACUGACCCUGUGCCCCAGCCAGCCCAUGCCAUGCCACUUCCCUGAGUAUUUCUGCUACAGUGUUCUCCUGACCCUGCUGGCCUGCAGUGUGUUCCUCCACAUCAGCAGUAUAGGCAAGCUGGCCCUUAUGGUGCUGAUCCAGGUCACCUUCCUGUUGCUCGUGGAGUGGCCCCAGGUGGCCCUGUUCGACAAUGCAGAUCUGCUGCUCACCGCCAACACCCUCUCUUUCACACCUUUGAAUGACUCUCUAGAUUGGUUUCCUAGUUUCAAUGAAACAGUUACAGAGACGUGCCAGGAGAGUGUGACCAAGGUGUCUCUAAAGGUCAUGACCCCUGUCAUCCUGACGGUGUUCGUCCUGGCUCUUUACCUACACGCUCAGCAGGUUGAGUCCACUGCACGCCUCGACUUCCUGUGGAAGCUGCAGGCUACAGAGGAGAAAGAGGAGAUGGAGGAGCUUCAGGCCUACAACCGCCGCCUCCUCCACAACAUCCUACCUAAAGACGUGGCCGCCCACUUCCUGGCGCGGGAGCGGCGUAACGACGAGCUCUACUACCAGUCCUGUGAGUGUGUGGCCGUCAUGUUCGCCUCCAUCUCCAACUUCUCUGAGUUCUACGUGGAGCUGGAGGCCAACAAUGAGGGAGUGGAGUGUCUCAGGCUGCUCAACGAGAUCAUCGCCGACUUUGACGAGAUCAUCAGUGAGGACAACUUCCGUCAACUGGAAAAGAUAAAGACCAUCGGUAGUACCUACAUGGCUGCCUCUGGCCUCAACGACUCUACCUACGACCGUGAGGGACGAUCACACAUCCUGGCUCUGGCAGACUAUGCUAUGAGACUCAGGGAACAGAUGAAGUACAUCAACGAACACUCCUUCAAUAACUUCCAGAUGAAGAUAGGUCUCAACAUGGGUCCAGUGGUGGCAGGGGUGAUCGGGGCCAAGAAGCCCCAGUAUGACAUCUGGGGGAACACUGUCAACGUGGCCAGUCGUAUGGACAGCACAGGAGUCCCAGACUGCAUACAGGUGACCACAGACCUGUACCAUGUCCUGGUAAACAAAGGCUACCAGCUGGACCACAGAGGCCUGGUCAAGGUGAAGGGGAAAGGAGAGAUGACCACCUACUUCCUGACCAGCGGUCCCAAUGGUACCCAGGGCAGUUAACGGACGGUCACGGGACUACCGCUGGCUGCUAAUACAUGAAGAGGAGAGAGAUGGACAGGGAGCGAGAGCGGGAGAGGGGGGAGUGAGUGUGUGAGAAAAGAGAGCGAGAGG